CCAGGAUUUGUGGAAAGCAAAGCACCUUACAUGUUUCCCUGAUGGAGAGAAAGACGGAGGAGAUGCUGCUGCUGAAAGCGUCCGUUUCUUCGGUGUUUUCAUGGAUUCUCUCGGCUCUGGGAUAAUUUAACAAAUGCAAGACCUAUUUUACUCUUGGAAGCCGUCAAAAGACUUGGAAACUGAGGCUGAUGCGCUGGAUGUGAGUUGAUGUCGACAUCAGAAGCGGGUCGCGCGCAUUCCUUCGAGUAUUCGCUGGAAGAAUCAGCGCGAGCGUUUGUUUUCAUUUAGAUUUUGAGCGAUCAUGUUGCUGGAUGCUGUUCAUAGUGAAGAGCGGAAAUAAAAAACGGACAGACGCGUAGAAGAGGCCUGUGUCCUGCUUUAAUCGACAUCCGUCGUCGCUUCUCCAUCACUGAAGCAUGGACAGAUUAGAGGAACUUGUAAACCAGUGGAUUUGGCGGCAGGAUUUCUGGCUUCCUCCUGGCGUCACAUGGAAAGACAUCGCUGAGGGGACGGUGGAUGGAGGUCGGCAUCCCGUACCCCACGACCUGCUCAUCUCCCUGCCCUUGGCCCUGGGUUUCAUCGCACUGCGGUUUGUUUUUGAAAGGGUUGUUGCUCUGCCGCUCAGCCAGCGGUUGGGCGUCCGGGACAGGGUUCGGGUGCGCCUCACGCCCGUCCCGAAGCUGGAGGCCUUUUACCUGCAGAAGAAGCAGCAGCCGUCACAGAGUGAUUUGCUGGUUCUGGAGAAGCACUGCGGACUCUCUCAGCGUCAGAUCCAGACCUGGCUGCGUCACCGCCGAAACCAGGACCGACCCGGAAACACCAGGAAGUUCUGUGAAGCCUCGUGGAGGUUUGUGUUUUAUCUCAUUGUGUUCUCAGCUGGUCUCGUCUCGCUCAUUAGCACUCCGUGGUUUUGGGAUCAUCGGGAAUGCUGGCGCGGAUACCCAAGACAGGCCGUAGCAGAAGCUCAGUACUGGUAUUACAUCGUGGAGUUGUCCUUCUACCUCUCGCUUCUGCUCUGCGUAUCGGUGGACAUAAAGCGCAAAGACUUCAAAGAGCAGAUCAUUCACCACAUCGCCACCAUUUUCCUCAUCGCGUUCUCUUACUGUGCGAACUACGUGCGCGUGGGAACCCUGGUGAUGCUCGUCCACGACUCUUCUGACUUCCUGUUGGAGUCUGCUAAAAUGUUCAAUUAUGCUGGAUGGAGAAAGACCUGUGAUGCCUUGUUUGUCGUUUUCGCUGCCGUGUUCCUGGUAACUCGCCUUGUGGUUUUCCCAUGCAGAAUCGUCUACACAGCUGUGGUGGAUUCGUUGGACGUCUUUCCUCCGUACUCUGGUUAUUAUUUCUUGAACGGCCUGUUGCUGGUUCUUCAAGCUCUUCACAUCUUCUGGGCUUGGCUGAUUCUUCGGAUGGUUCACAAAUUUGUCUUUUUAGGCAAAGUGGAACGUGAUGAACGGAGCGAUGAAGAGAGUGAGGCUGAGGAAGAAGAAGACGAAGGUGGAGAAGAAGAACACAGCUGGGAGCAGAAAAAGGGUGCCCUUAACUCUAAAUUGGCAUCGUUGGCCAAUAACUGUGUUCUGAACAAUUUAACGAAUCAGAGGCGAAAAAUGAAUAGCAGAAUGCCGAAAGCCAGAUAGUAAUGCUACUUAAUGUAUUUAAAUUUAAAUCAUCUCCAACUUUCUUGGCUUAUCUUGUUUGUCAAGUUCCUACUGUAAUUUCAGACCGCUGAUGUUUUGUUUUAGUGAAAACAUAAUGCGUAGUCAGUAUAUUGCGUAAAACAACAAAUACUACUAGUUUGUAUUAUUACAUUACCAUUUGAGUAUAUUGGAAAUAGGUUCAACUUGAAUUAACUUGUUUAAAGUUAGUCUAAUUAAUUAUAGUACAUUGGCUGAGUAGCACUUAAACUCAGAUUAAAAAGUUUGCAUACAUAAAAAUGGUUCAUAAACAGACAUCUUAGUAUUUAAUUGUUGAAUUGUUGAUUAGUUUACUAAUUCUGCAACUGUUCAUUAUGGAACAGUGAGAUAAAAAAAAAAGAGUCAGCUCUCCUGACCAGAGAGACCCACAACAUUGAGAUGCGUUCUUUUUAAAUACUUUUGUAUUUGUAUAGGUAUUCUUCUAAGUUGUGUGGAAAUGUGUGAAUUUUCUGCAGUGGCUUUUGUUUUCAAAAUGGGCAUUGGUGGACCACUGGGAAAGACUUACGGCGUCAUCUAGUGGUGAAAUGUCCGCUUGUCUUAGUGAUUCUGCUACUGAAAGAUUUUGUUGCAAGAAACUACUGGAGUUUGUUGUGGUUUCGUUAGAUGGCACUUUGGUUGUGCAUUGCCUUACCAAAUGAGAAAUCAAGUCAAGUCAAGUCAAGUCACCUUUAUUUAUAUAGCGCUUUUACAAUACAGAUUGUGUCAAAGCACUUAACAGUAUCAAAUUAGAGGAUAGAGUGUCAGUAAUGUAUAAUGAUAAGAUUAAACACUCAAUUUUCAAUUUUCAGUUAAAGGCAUUUCAUUAUUGAAUUCAGAGAUGUCAUUGUCUAGCUCAGUUUAGUUUAAAUAGUAUCUGUGCUAUCAGAUUGGCGAUAAUAGCUAGAAAUGAAGUGUCCCCAACUGAGCAAGCCAGAAGCGACAGCGGCAAGGAACCAAAACUCCCUCUGUGACAGAAUGAAGAACAAAACCUUGGGAGAAACCAGGCUCAGUCGGGGGGCCAGUUCUCCUCUGACCAGACGAAACCCGCAGUUCAAAAGUCGGAAAUUAAUCAGAUAAUUUCUCACUGGAGCAUGUGCCUCGAAAUCUUAAAAGUCAAAGGGGGUUGUUGAAUUUAAGGAUGCCUAUGUAGGCCCCUUGAUGUAUUGAAUCUGCUCCAAGGGCAAAGUGUUUUUGUUGUUCUAGAUGGUUCUAGAAAGUUUAUUUGCACAGUAGCCAUAACUGACCUUUUCGUUCUAAAGCUGUGCAUGUCAUUCACUGUUUAACUUAUGUUUUAAAAAAAAACCUGUGAUUGUUUUUGUAUGAAUUUUCCUCUUUUUUUUUUAUUUUUAUUGGGAUUUACCAUGUACUGAGUUUAUUAACGCAACAUUUUGUAGCUGUUAUAUUACUUGUAACAAUGACAGAAGAGGGAUAUAUUCUUAUAAUCUUAAAUACUGUUAAUGUUGCAUACUUGAUUCGACAUUUUUCUCUGUGACCUUCUGAAUAACAAUAAAAAUGUUUUAGAAUAUGA